AUGGUUAAUACAGACGACAAGAUAGAUCCUCCACCACCUCCUCCUCCUCCAAGGAGGACGCUUAAAGAUCUAACAUCUCCAUCUUUUGAUCAACAAAAGUUUUUCAUUGACUUAGAUAAUUCUAUUGAAAUCAAAUCUCAAUUGAUACAUUGGUUGCCGAAGUUUAAAGGGCUACAUGAAGAUGAUCCGAAUAAAUACUUGUUGUUAUUCCAACAUAGCCUUCCACAAGGAAGUAUUACAUCGUGGAAUGAUAUGCAAAAAGUUUUUUUAGAAAAGUACUUUCCCGCUUCCAAAGCAGCAACUAUUCGUAAAGCAAUAAGUGGAAUUGAGCAAAUUGUUGGUGAAACUCUUUACGAUUACUGGGAACGGUACAAGAAGUUAUUGUCUAGCUGUCCACACCACCAAAUAAGUGAGCAACUCAUAGUGCAGUAUUUUUAUGAUGGGAUGCUUCAAUCAGAGAGGAAUCUCAUAGAUGCGGCUAGUGGUGGUGCAUUAACCAACAAAAACUUUGAUGAAGCCACGGAACUGAUCGAGAACAUGGUUGCAAACACACAAAAAUUUAAUACAAGAUGCACAUCGAUGGAUAGGAGGGUCGACAAAGUUAGUUCUUCUUCACACUUAGAGAAAAGAAUGAGUAAUAUGGAGAAUAUGAUGCAACAAAUGGCAGCUGUGCUCAUUCCUACUUAUGAAGAAGAGGCCGAACAGCAAGCAACAACUUCUAGUCCAUAUGCAAGACAAGGUGGUUUUCAACAACAAUUCCAACCACAACAACAAGAUCUAAAGGAGGACGCCUCUGAGAAGAUGAUUACCAUAAUGCAAAGUCUUUCAUCUAUAUUUCAACAAAGUCAGCAGAAAACUGAUCAACUCAUGCAGAAAACUGAUCAGUUCAUACAUAAAGCCGAACAGAAUCAGCUAAAAACUGAUAAUGCUAUUAGAGAUUUACAUACUCAGAUGGGACAAUUCGCUACGGAUGUGAAUCAACUGAAGGAAAAAGCUUCUACAACACUCUCAUCACAACCGUUUGUGAACCUAAGAGAGCACGUCAAUGCAGUAACCUUGAGAAGUGGAAAGCAAGUAACGAAUUCUAAUAUAGAUACAUGA